UAACAGUAUCUAGUAUCAUCAGUAUCCAUAUUUUGUAUUUGAGGUUAUGUUUUAGUUAACCAAGUGUUAAGUCGCUAAAAUUGUCACACAAUGCACUUUAUUUAAUAAUUCAUCUUGACGUGUGAGUGAAUUAUUUGUAUGAUAUAAAUGUAAAUAUUAUACUGAUAACAAAUUAUUACUUCACUAGUAUUUGAAAAUUAUUCUAGGAAAGCAAUCUCAUAAUUAUUGUAUGAACUUAGAUUCAAGAUUGGAAUUGGAUGUCGGCCGGUAGUUACUCUUUUACAUGGAAUGGAUGAAUCUCUGAAAAAUAAUACGGAUAAUGUAGAAGAAAAGGCAGAAGAUGAUUUUACGACAAGCAACUCCAUCAAAGAAGUUUUGAAAGAUCUUCCAGAAGUACUAGCCUUUAUACAGCGGCUUCAAGAAUGCAUCUUGAGACAACGUUCUCUUAUUCACAAGCUUUACAACAAAAUAAAGGAAAAUGAUGCCAUAAAGAAGGUAAGCACCAAAGAUGGAAGCACUCAGACAGAUGAGGAUGAAAGAAAGCCAUUGCCUGUCGAACCAGCAAAAUUGGUACAAGACAUCAAAGAGGCCGCUGAGACUGCUGUCCAACAAACUGGGUUUGUCUACGAAGCUACAUCUGGAAUGUACUAUGAUUACAAUACAGGUUACUAUUACAAUGCGGAGCUUGGAUUGUACUAUGAUGGCCACAACGGCAUUUAUUAUUAUUUUGAUGAGGCUUCUAAGUCAUUCCAAUUUCACUCUCAAGUUUCUCACCAUUCAACAAAUACAACUGAAUCAAAAAUCAUAGAGAAUGUAACUGCUCAAGAUGUUAUAAAGAAACGAAAGAGUGUUGAAAAGGAUUUGAAAGAGAUACCAAAGAAAAUAAGGAAAGAGCUAAUGGAGGAAGGGGAGUGCACUGAGAGUAGUGAUGAAAGUGAAAACGAAAUCAAUGAAGUUGAUAAUGUUACUAAACCUAUCUUUGCCUGUGAUACCAAUGAAAAUGAUAUUGAAAUUGAAGACUGUAAAAUUGUUUUACCAACCAUCGCUCAAAACAUUCUUCUUGAUGAUGAAGUGGCGAAUGCAUGGCCACCCUGCCUAAGGAUUGUGGUGAAGGAGACGGCCUUGGACAAUCUACCUGUGGGCUCCCUGUUCAUUGUCACCUGCACAGGGGGCACCCUGGGAAGGGAGGGUGACCACGCUGUCGUAAUUCCCGACAUUAACAUAAGCAAACACCAUGCGAAGGUCAGCUACAGCGAAACAGACAGCUGCUACAAGCUAGUGGACUUGGGUAGUCGUAACGGCACGCUGGUAGACGGCCGGCGACUGUCAGUCGCACUGCGAGAGAGUGAUCCUGUUGACCUACAACACGGUACGGUGGUGCGGGUCGGCUGCACAGAGUUAGAGUGUCAUCUACACCCAGGCCGUACCACAUGCAAUCGCUGUGAGCCAGGCUGUGUUCUGCACAAGGAGUCAGCAAGCUCAGAAGCAAUGGACAAGGACCAUGAGACAAAAGAGGCUAGACACAGAUCUGAACUGAGGCGGUUGAGGAAGAGGUUUGGGUUGGACAAACUGAGUGCGAAGGAGACAUCAGUGUCGUUGCCAGUCGGUUACCAGGACAGAGCAGAGGAGAGACGGAAGACUGUUGGCUCACAGGACCACAACGCCAAGACUGAAGCGGCCUCUGUCGACCAGCACAUUCAGAGUGAAAACAAAGGUUUCAAGAUGCUGUCGAAAAUGGGCUGGGCCAAAGGACAAUCAUUGGGAAAGGAUUCAACAAAGGGCAUCGUUGAACCAGUGCUGGUCGAGCAGCGCCCCGAGAAGUCGGGUCUGGGCUCCGAAGCUGUGCAUUUACCUGCGGUGGACGCGAAGGCGAAGAAAAAAACAGAAGUGUGGAAGAAAGCCCAGAAGAGGUUCCAAGAGUUGGGCGAUUGAUCGUGGUGUAACGUGAAGGGGCGAUGCUGAAAUGGUUAUUUACUGUCUCAUGAUUUUUUAUGUUGUAUUCAAUAAACAUUAUUGUUGAAA